CCUCUAAACAAAAUAUGAGUACAUUGAGUAUUUAAGAGAUUGUUAUAAACAAAAUCAUGAUAAGCUUUUAUAUAUGUAUGUUAUUGUUGUUGUUACCUCAGCAGUUGACGCUGACGGGUAGUACAACAACUAUUAAUUUACUAUAAAUACCUCAACAGAAAAAUGCAAACCCCAACAGUUGGCUAGAAAGCAUCGAUACGUAAACAAGUGAAAAGAAAUUAAGAAAUUUCGGCGCGAGCAAAACUUUUACUACUGCAACUAAUCAAAAUAAAACUGUGACGACAAACUGUGAUAACAAAAAAAAUAAAAAUAAAUUAAAAAUGUCAGAUUCCAAUAAUAAUAGUAUAACUGAUAUAAAACAAAAUAAUAACUUCUCCUCCUCUGCCUUAAAUAUAACGGGUAAUAGUGAAAUUUUAACAAAAUUCUCACCGAAAAUAUUUGAAACUUAUAAAAAAUUAGCUUUAGAGAGAGGCAUACUUUCCUAUGAAUUAAAUGCCCGGCCGGUAUCGGGUGUGGGAGAGAACUCCUAUGGUUUUAUUUUGCAAGUUUGUAUAAAAGCCACCAAAAUGUUGGAAACCUCAACAAUGGCCACUAAAAGUUUUGUAACCAUUUUAAAAAUAUCACCCAAAAAUCCCGCCUUUCGGGCCCAUAGUCGUAUAGUGGAUCUUUAUAAAAGAGAAGUGUUUAUGUAUCAACAAGUUUUCGAAGAAUUUCGUCAACUAGAAUUGGAAAGACUCAAGGAGUUAAAGUGUAUAAAUGAUGACAAGCUUACUAAAAGUAAUAAUUUCGAUAUAGUACCUGAUAUACUUUAUGCCAAUUUAGAUUUACAAGAUGAAUUCAUUAUAUUUGAAGAUUUAACUUUAAGUGAUUUUAAGCAAAAUUCUCGUACAAAUAUGCCAUCAUAUGAUUUGGUUAGUGCCACCUUUCGUUCUAUAGCCAAAAUGCAUGCCAUGUCGUUUGUUUUACAAUAUCGUAAACCGGAACUUUUUAAGCGCUUAACCCAGGAAAUGAGUGAUAAUCUAUUUACCGCCGAUAUGGAACCAUUAACAGUGGAAUUUGGCAAAAGAUAUAUAAGACGUACGAGAGCAAUGUUAGAGCUCGAUUCGUAUUCAUCGAGUAAACAAAUAGAGGCUUUAAAGCAUUUGGAGUGUAAUUUUAAAGAUAUCUGUUUGCAGUGUGUGAAUGGGCAGCGGGUGGCUCCGUAUGCUGUUCUAUGUCAUGGAGAUUUUUGGAAUAAUAAUAUCCUAUAUAAAUAUGAUGCCCAGCAACAAGCUACCUCUGCAAAAUUAAUCGAUUUUCAAUUAUCCCGCUACGCAUCACCCAUACUCGAUCUGGUACACUAUCUCUUUGCCUGCACCGAAAGAGAUUUACGCUCUAAACAUUUUAUGGAAUUCAUGGAUAUCUAUCAUCAAUCCCUAAGUCAGCAUAUAGAAUUUUACGGACACAAUGUGGAGGAAAUCUAUCCUAAAACUAUAUUUCUACAACAUUUAAAAGAAUUUGGUAUUUAUGGUUUUUGCAUGGCAGCCUUUUCUAUACCCUUCUUUAUAUCCAAUACCAGUGAAUUGCCGGAUUUUGAUGAAGUUGCUGGUGCUAUAAGAGAAAUUUCUUCUUCUGAAAAUUCCGAUGAAGAAAUUGAGGGUGGUAAUGAGGAAAAGGUAGCAGCUCAUGAUGCCACCACUAAACGUUUAGAGUUGCUGGAAGAAUAUGAUCUAUUAAGUGAACGUACUUUGCCCAUAUUCAAAAGGCGUAUGUGUGGUAUUGUUAAGGAUUUGGAAAAGUAUGAAAUGUUGGACUAUACUUUGAAGUUGUAGCUGGAAAUAUUGCCCUAAAUUAAAGGUUACUUUUAAGACAGUAUUACAAAAUUUAAGUUAUUUUGUAUAUUUUUUUGUUUUUGUUUUUUUAUUAUUAUUAUUAUUAUCAUUAAAGUAUAUUGUUUUAAUUAUAAUUAUAUAUAUUUAUAUAUAU